CCAAACUGGCAAGAUGGAGAUAAUUUUAAAAAAUAGCAACAUUCCCCUGCUUUUGAUUCAUACCUGACACUUGCAUUAGCUAUGCAGAUUUUUCUGACAUCACUAACAUAUAGGGCUGUCGUUGUAAAUGAACCAUGUGUGUAGGAACGUCGUUUUGUGCAGCUAAGGAUGCUGAAAUAAUACCCGCAAUGUGAAACGUAAGACUUGAACUGGCCAUAUCAUUAACAUUGCUUAAUAGCAACAGGAUUGCGAUUUGAUUUAUUGUAUCACCCUUAGGUUAAUUGCGUUGUGGAUUUCUUCUGUAGUGCAGGGGGUAGCCUACUGUGCUUCAGUUCUAAACAAGAAACCGAAAUGUAACAUUGUCGGUAGCUAAUAACGGACAAAAACACCACUGGAAAACGAAGGGCUGCGACCAGGAACCCGAGAAUAUGGAGGGACUGGUGCAUUGAUUCUCUAACAUAGAUCACUGGACCAGUGCGUUAUUUACCUUUGAAGCCAACGGGAAGGCGAAAUGAGCACCACAGAAAUCGCCGAAGAAGGUCCCACCGACUCGGAUACAGACGCGUUUUUCAAAACGGGUUCAUUCAGAAAUGAUGGGAUUAAGGCUUCUGAUGUCCUGCCUGUUCUGAAGGAGAAGGUGGCCUUUGUGUCAGGGGGACGUGACAAGAGAGGUGGCCCAAUUUUGACCUUCCCUGCCAGAAGUAACCAUGACAGAAUAAAACAGGAGGACCUUAGGAGGCUGGUGACCUAUCUAUCUACGGUACCCAGUGAGGAUGUGUGCAAGCGGGGCUUUACCGUCAUCAUCGACAUGCGUGGGUCCAAGUGGGACCUAAUCAAACCCCUCCUGAAGACCCUGCAGGAGGCCUUCCCAGCCGAGAUCUGCGUCGCACUCAUCAUCAAGCCCGAUACUUUUUGGCAGAAGCAGAAGACCAACUUUGGCAGCGCUAAGUUCACCUUCGAGACUAGCAUGGUGUCGGUGGAGGGCCUGGCGAAGCUGGUGGACCCGUCCCAGCUGACGGAGGACUUUGAGGGCUCGCUGGAGUACAACCACGAGGAAUGGCUGGAGCUGCGGGUGUCCCUGGAGGAGUUCAUCUGCAGCGCCACCCACCUCCUCUCCCGCCUGGAGGACCUGCAGGAGAUGCUGGCCAAGAAGGAGUUCCCGGCGGACGUGGAUGAGUCGCGGCGGCUCAUCGACGAGCACGCGCAGCUGAAGAAGACGGUGAUGAAGGCCCCGGUGGAGGAGCUAGACCGUGAGGGCCAGAGGCUGCUGCAGUGCAUCCGCUGCGGGGACGGCUUCUCCGGCCGCACCUGCAUCUCCGGAGGGGCCGACUUCCAGAGCGUGGUGCCCAAGAUUGCCAGCCUGCUGGACAAGCUGCACUCCACCCGCCAGCACCUGCACCAGAUAUGGCACGUGCGCAAGCUCAAGCUGGACCAGUGCUUCCAGCUGCGGCUCUACGAGCAGGACGCCGAGAAGAUGUUUGACUGGAUAAGUCACAACAAGCAGCUGUUCUUACAGAGCCAUACUGAGAUUGGAGUCAGAUACCAGCAUGCUGUGGACCUCCAGACACAGCACAAUCACUUUGCCAUGAACUCUAUGAACGCCUAUGUCAACAUCAACCGGAUCAUGUCCGUGGCUUCACGGCUGUCGGAGGCGGGACACUACGCCUCCCAGCAGAUCAAGCAGAUCUCCGCCCAGCUGGACCAGGAGUGGAAGAGCUUUGCUGCUGCGCUGGACGAGCGUAGCGCCAUCCUCGCCAUGUCUUCUGUCUUCCACCAGAAGGCCGAGCAGUUCCUGGCUGGGGUGGAGGUCUGGUGCAAGAUGUGCACUGAGGGUGGGCUUCCCUGCGAGAUGCAGGCCCUGGAGCUGGCCAUACAUCACCACCAGGCCCUGUACGAACAGGUCACCCAGGCCUACGCAGAGGUCAGCCAGGACGGGAAGGCUCUGCUGGAUGUGCUGCAGCGGCCGCUGGGUCCAGAGAGCUCGGAAUCUCUCACGGCCACCGCCAACUACUCCAAAGCGGUGCAAGGCAUCCUGGACCUGGUGCACGAGGUCCUGCACCACCAGAGGCGCUUAGAGAACAUUUGGCAGCACCGCAAGGUCCGCUUGCACCAACGGCUCCAACUUUGUGUAUUCCAACAGGACGUCCAGCAGGUGAUGGAUUGGAUUGAGAACCACGGGGAGGCCUUUCUGAGCAAACACACCGGGGUGGGGAAGUCCCUGCAUCGGGCACGAGCACUGCAGAAACGUCAUGAUGACUUUGAGGAGGUGGCUCAGAACACAUACACCAACGCAGACAAGCUCCUGGAGGCAGCAGAGCAGCUGGCCCAGACUGGGGAGUGCGACCCAGAGGAGAUCUACAAGGCCGCCCGGCAUCUGGAGGUGCGGAUCCAGGACUUUGUUCGUAGGGUGGAGCAGAGGAAGUUGCUGCUGGAUAUGUCCGUCUCCUUUCAUACCCAUGCCAAAGAGCUGUGGACCUGGAUGGAAGAUCUUCAGAAGGAGCUGAUGGAGGAGGUGUGUUCGGACUCUGUGGACUCUGUGCAGGAACUCAUUAAACAGUUUCAGCAGCAACAGACGGCCACCUUGGAGGCCACACUUAACGUCAUCAAAGAGGGAGAGGACUUGAUCCAGCAGCUAAGAGACUCUGCGAUGUCCAGUAACAAGCUGCCGCACAGCAGCUCGGUCACGCACAUCGAGAGUGUCCUCCAGCAGCUGGAUGAAGCGCAGGGGCAGAUGGAGGAGCUGUUCCACGAGCGCAGGAUCAAGCUGGACAUCUUCCUGCAGCUCCGGAUCUUUGAGCAGUACACCAUGGAGGUGACAGCGGAGCUGGAUGCCUGGAAUGAGGACCUGGUGCGGCAGGCCAGCGAUUUCGGCACGGAGGACCUGGCGGUGGCGGAACAGCGACUUCAGCGACACGCAGAGCGCAAGCUGGCCAUGACCAGCAUGACCUUCGAGGUCAUCCAGCAGGGGCAGGACCUGCACCAGUACAUCAUGGAGGUGCAGGCGUCAGGCAUUGAGCUGACGGGGGAUAAGGAGGUGGAUCUGGCCUCUCAGGUGCAGGAGCUGCUCGAGUUCCUUCAUGAAAAGCAGCACGAGCUGGACCUGAGCGCAGAGCAGACACAGAAACACCUGGAGCAGAGCCUGCAACUGCGCCACCUGCAGGCCGAGGUCAAACAGGUCCUGGCAUGGAUCCGGAAUGGGGAGUCCAUGCUCAACGCCAGUGUGGUGAACGCCAGUUCACUGUCAGAAGCGGAGCAACUUCAGAGGGAGCACGAACAGUUCCAACUCGCCAUCGAGUCCCUGUUCCACGCCAACUCCCUGCAGAAGACGCACCAGAGCGCGCUGCAGGUUCAGCAGAAAGCCGAGGCCAUGCUGCAGGCAGGGCACUACGACCCCGACGCCAUUCGCGGCUGUGCAGAGAAAGUGGCCCUGCACUGGCAGCAGCUCAUGCUGAAGAUGGAGGACCGGCUCAAGCUGGUGAACGCCUCCGUGGCCUUCUACAAGACGUCGGAGCAGGUAUGCAGUGUGCUGGAGAGUCUGGAACAGGAGUACAGGAGGGAUGAGGACUGGUGUGGGGGCCACGACAAGUUUGGGGCCUGUGCGGAGACGGACCAUGUCAUCCCACUCAUCAGCAAACACCUGGAGCAGAAGGAGGCCUUCCUAAAGGCCUGCACCCUCGCCAGGAGGAAUGCAGAGGUCUUUCUGAAGUACAUCCACCGAAACAACGUCGGCAUGCCUGGAGUGGCAGGCCAUGCCCGUGGACCAGAGCAGCAGGUCAAAGCCAUUCUCCAGGAGCUGCUGCAGAGGGAGAACAGGGUGCUGCACUUCUGGACCAUGAAGAAACGACGGCUGGACCAGUGCCAGCAGUAUGUGGUGUUUGAGCGUAACGCCAAGCAGGCCUUGGACUGGAUCCAGGAAAGAGGCGAAUACUUCCUCUCCACACACACCUCCCCUGGGGAAACACAAGAGAGAACUCAGGAACUACUGAAGGAGUAUGGAGAGUUCAGAGUUUCUGCCAAGCAAACUCAGGAGAAGGUGAAGUUGCUGAUCCAGCUGGCGGACAGCUUUGUGGAGAAGGGACACGUCCACGUCACCGAGUUGAAGAAGUGGGUAGCCACGGUGGACAAGCGCUACCGGGACUUCUCCCUUCGCAUAGGGAAGUACCGUGCCAGCCUGGAACAGUCUUUGGGGAUCAGCUCUGAGGAUAAUAAAGACCUGGAGCUGGACAUAAUCCCAGCGAGUCUGACCGACCGUGAGGUAAAACUGCGUGACCCCAACAACGAGGUCACUGAGGAGAAGAGGAAGUCGGCCAGGAAGAAAGAGUAUAUAAUGGCUGAACUCCUGCAAACUGAAAAAACCUAUGUCAGGGACUUGCAUGAAUGUUUAGAGACCUAUCUGUGGGGGAUGACCAGUGGAGUCGAGGAAGUUCCGCCAGGAAUCAUUAACAAGGAACAUAUCAUCUUUGGAAAUAUUCAGGAAAUAUAUGAUUUCCAUAACAACAUUUUCCUGAAAGAACUAGUGAAUUACGAACAACUCCCAGAGGAUGUGGGUCACUGUUUUGUCACAUGGGCGGAUAAAUUCCAUAUGUAUGUGUCAUAUUGUAAAAAUAAGCCUGAUUCCAGCCAACUCAUCUUGGACCAUGCUGGGAGCUUCUUCGAUGAAAUUCAGCAAAGGCACAACCUGUCGAAUUCCAUCUCCUCAUACCUGAUCAAGCCGGUUCAAAGGAUCACCAAAUACCAGCUCCUACUUAAGGAGCUCCUGACGUGCUGUGAGGAGGGGAAAGGUGAGAUUAAGGACGGACUGGAGGUGAUGCUGAGUGUCCCCAAGAGAGCCAAUGACGCCAUGCAUGUCAGCAUGCUGGAAGGUUUUGAUGAGAAUCUUGAGGUCCAUGGGGAACUCAUUCUUCAGGACACUUUUCAAGUUUGGGACCCCAAAUCCCUGAUCCGCAAAGGCCGGGACCGCCACCUCUUCCUGUUUGAGAUAUCGCUGGUCUUCAGCAAAGAGAUAAAAGACACGGGCGGGCGGACCAAAUAUGUCUACAAGAACAGGCUGUUGACAUCAGAGCUGGGGGUGACAGAACACAUCGAAGGGGACCCCUGUAAAUUUGCCUUGUGGGCAGGAAGGACCCCCUCAUCCGACAACAAGACUGUUCUGAAGGCAUCCAGUAUCGAGGUGAAGCAGGAGUGGAUCAAGAACAUCCGCGAGGUGAUUCAGGAGAGAAUGGUCCACCUGAAGGGGCCGCUUAAAGAGCCCAUCCACAUGCCUAAAACGCCUGCCAAGCAGCGAAAUAACAGCAAAAGGGACACAGGAGAGGACGCAGACAGUCAGGGUGACGGCAGCAGCCAGCCUGAUACCAUCUCCAUAGCCUCCAGAACUUCACAGAACACAGUUGACAGUGACAAGCUCUCGGGGGGCUGCGAGCUGACCGUGGUGCUCCAGGACUUCAGCGCCAGCUGCAGCAGCGAGCUCAGCAUCCAGACGGGCCAGACGGUGGAGCUCCUGGAGCGGCCCAGCGACCGGCCGGGCUGGUGCCUGGUGCGGACCACCGACCGCACGCCCCAGCUGGAGGGCCUGGUGCCCAGCAGCGCGCUCUGCAUCUCCCACUCCCGAAGCAGCGUGGAGAUGGACUGCUUCUUCCCCGCCGGAAAAGAGAACUAUGCUGUGAGUGGCCCGGAGGUGAAGAGUGAGUCUGUGUCCAACCUGCAGCCCCAGGCCUCCAUGAGCUCGGUCCAGACCAGCUCCCCGGGCCCCAAGCGCUCCGGGAACACGCUGAAGAAGUGGCUGACCAGCCCCGUGCGCAGGCUCAGCCACGGCAAGGCCGACAGCAGCGUGAAGAAGAUCCCUGCCAAGCACAAAAAGAGGGACGGCCGCAAGAGCGUGGACCUGGGCCCGCCGCGGUUCAGCGACAGCGAGGUCCCGCCGCAGGACGAGAGCGCAGACGAGCAGAGGAGCAGGAAAGAGGGCACUCUGUCCAAGUCCUCCUCUGGUAUGCAGAGCGGAGGGGAGGAGGAGCCAGAGGACGAGUCCCACCCGCCACUCCCGCCCCCGAUGGAGAUCAUCAAAGACCCCUCGUCACAGGAGGAGAAGACGCUGGAGCCGAGAUCUUACGGCAGUUUCAGCCCGGUAAACCCGGGGGACCCUAGGGACCCGGAGCAGGAGCUGAAGGCUAAGGCUCUGCGCGGCCGCAUGUUUGUGCUCAACGAGCUGAUUCAAACAGAGAAAGACUAUGUAAAGGACUUGGGUGUUGUGGUGGAGGGGUUUAUGAAGAGGUUAGAAGCGAAAGGUGUCCCUGAAGACAUGAAGGGAAAAGAUAAGAUUGUUUUCGGGAACAUCCAUCAAAUCUUCGACUGGCACAGAGAGUUUUUCCUGGGCGAACUGGAGAAAUGUCUGGAAGACCACGAUAGACUUGCAGAGCUAUUCAUAAAACACGAGAGGAGAUUGCACAUGUAUGUUGUUUACUGCCAGAAUAAACCCAGGUCGGAGUACAUUGUCGCUGAAUAUGAUGCAUACUUUGAGGAGGUCCAGCAGGAAAUAAACUCCAGACUGUCUAUUAGUGACUAUCUCAUAAAGCCCAUACAGAGGAUAACAAAAUAUCAACUGCUUCUCAAGGACUUCUUGAAGUACAGUACAAAGGCAUGCAUGGACUGUCAGGAGAUUGAGAAAGCUGUUGAUUUAAUGUUCUUGGUCCCCAAACGUUGCAACGACAUGAUGAACCUUGGGCGACUGCAAGGCUAUGAGGGGAAGCUGACCAGUCAGGGAAAACUAUUACAGCAGGACACCUUCUUUGUGACGGAGCAGGACUCAGGUGUCCUGUCCCGCAGCAAGGAGCGCAGAGUCUUUCUCUUCGAGCAGAUUGUCAUCUUCAGUGAACUGCUCCGCAAGGGCUCAUCCACACCAGGAUACCAGUUCAAGAAGAGUAUCAAGGUGAGUUACUUGAGCAUGGACCCAAACGUGGAUAACGACCCGUGCAAGUUUGUCCUAUACUGCCGUGGGUCAUCGGAGCGAUUUACCCUUCAAGCUGCCAAUCAGGACAUCAAGCAAAUCUGGGUCCACCAUGUCAAUGAGGUGCUGGAAGCCCAGAGCAACUUCCUUUCAGCCCUGCAGUCGCCAAUUGAAUAUCAGAAAAAGGAGACUUCUCUGACCCGGAACCCCUCCGGACGAGCCUCCCAAUCCAACAGCAGACCCCACUCCUCCUCCUCCAUGGGGGCAGAGAAGCCCCCCCUGUCGGGUCGUGCCUCCACACCUCUCAAGCUAUCUACCUCGAACGGGAGCCCCUGCUACGACCCCCACAAGCACGGGGAGCGUUACGAGCCUUUUGGGCACGACACAGCUGGAUGUAACGGGAUGUCCUCUAGCAUGCUGGUGACCCAGGACUACAUGGCUCUGAAGGAGAACGAGAUCUGCGUUUCACUGGGAGAGAAGGUGCAGAUCCUGGCCACCAACCAGCAGAACAUGUUCCUGGUGUUCCGGCCGGCCCAUAGCCACUCCCCCGCCGCCGAGGGCUGGGUCCCAGGCCACGUCCUGGGCCCGCUCGCUAAGACGCUCACCGACAGCACUGAGGGAAAUGUGAAGUAACCGCCCCCGGCCUCCGCUUCAGCUGUUUGGAUUGUAGCACAGAGCUAAAAAAGUGACGCUGUGCACUGCCCCCUGUUGGUUGCUCCAACACAAUAAUCCGUAAGUGCUGGAUCCGGAUCCGAACACAGGGAGGUCUCCUUUUACGGCUCGCUUUGUUAGGAAAAAAUGAAGAAUUCAUGAAGAAAAGUUAUAAAAGGAAGGACUUAUGAGAGCGGGCCUGUUUGUGUAGAGGAAACAGAGAAGACUGAUCUUACAUCGAUGUGCAAGUGGCUGGUCAAGAUCUUUAUUUAUGUUUCUUACAUUUCUAACGUUUCUCUUUACACCUUUUUGGCAAAAAAGACUGAGGCCUCUUUCUCCGAAUGGAGAGAAUUUGUUAUUGUCUAUGGCAAUCUGUUUGUACAGCUUGUAUUUUUUUCCUUUAUUUUGAUUUUAUCUCAAAGGAAUUCUUUUUUUGUAUUUUAAUUUGCCAUUAUCAGAUAUGUUGGCAGUUUACUGUAAAAAUCUCCUUUUUGUUAAAUAUACUCUUUCCAGUACAUUCCUGUAUAAAGUUUUUUGCACUAUUUAAGAAAAACUCAUAAUAAUUAAGUCAGGUUGUGCAAUAUAAUGAUAGUCACAAUGUUCAUCAUUGUACUUGUAACGAAUAAUUUUAAAUGUAUUAUUUUAAAUAUGCUAAGAUUUUUUGACAUGAGCAUGAUGUAAGAAGAAGUAAAUUUAACAUGUUGUGCUUGAGGCAAUGUUAACUGUGAUGGAUACUACUAGGGCAGUUAGACUGCUUUUACCCAAGAAUUCGCAAGCUGCUUUAGCUUUGGACACAUCUAAUGCAUCUCUCUUCUUAUUUUAAACUGAAUAUCGAAGAAUCGUCAGAUCUAUUCAAGCAAUUCUUGAAUAAUGUUUAUUUGGAUUCAUAAAUACAAAAUUGGUGAAAUUGAUGCUAUUCCAUUAUUUGUAUCUGUAAUAGAGAAUCUUUUUAGAGUUUUUCGUUGCAGAUUAUGUAUUUCCCCAUUAAGCUAAGUUUAAAAUGUAAAUAUGUCAAUUUUAAUUGUGGCUGAUCAUUUAUUUUCUUUAAUGAUGAGAAUUUCUAAAUGGUGGACUACAUUAAAGUGGAUCAUUUCUCCUCUUGGAAA